UUUGUUCGUAUUUUGUAGUUGUGGACCUUGGGCUAUCAUCAGUGCCGGUGGUCUUACUAUACCCAAGAGCAAGUCAAAGAAGUUGUAGCCCUCAUGGACACCCACAAUUUCCCGAUGGACGCAAUAUGGUUAGACAUUGAUCACACAGAUGGGAAAAGGUACUUCACUUGGAAUCCUCAAAACUUCAGUGAUCCCGAGGAAAUGCAAAGGAAUUUAUCGUCAACAAACAGAAAACUAGUCACUAUCUCAGAUCCCCAUAUAAAAGUUGAUAUGAACUAUAGCGUAUACGCUGGUGCUAAAGAGAAAUUUUUCGUGAAAUGGGAAAACGGAAGUGAUUUUGAAGGAAGUUGCUGGCCGGGAUUGUCAAGCUAUAUAGAUUUCCUCAAUCCGGAGGCUAGAAAAUUCUAUUCAACUUGGUACUCCUACGAUAAGUACAAUGGAAGUACAGACGUUUUAGCUGGCAUUUGGAACGAUAUGAACGAACCUUCUGUAUUCGAUGAUUCCCUUGAGAAAACCAUGCCAUUCGAGUUGGUGCAUCAUGGCAAUGUAAAACACCGAGACAUCCAUAAUAUCUACGGGUUUCUUCAG